CAACAAUCCGUUGACCUUUUACAAAACGCAGGAUACGGUCACGAGCACGAUCGGUCGAUGGAUGUACUACAUCGACCAGUUCGACUUUGACCCGUACCACAUUCCCGGUCCCGCCAAUCGAGCUGCGGACGCCCUCUCACGACGGCCCGAUUUUUGUGCCAUUGUGACCACGGCAUUCGACCUCGAUGACGAUCUGCAGCCGCAUUUCGUCAAAGGCUACAAGUCCGAUCCGACUUACUCUACGCUUUACGCGGAGCUUUCAUCGGAUCACCCGCUGGCUAGCCACUAUCGGAUUUCCGACGGGUUCCUUCUCCUUCACACUAGAGGAAAGGACUUGUUAGUUGUGCCCCAAGAUCGCAUCUUAUGUACUCGUCUUCUCGGCGAAUUCCACGACGCACGACUUUCGGCACACCUUGGCGUGAACCGCACAUUAGCACGCCUCCGCCAGCGGUUUCACUGGCCCGACGUCCUUCAUGACGUCACGAGGUACAUUGAGUUAUGUGCAGUUUGCCACCGUAACAAGGGUCGAUCUCGAGUCCCCUUCGGCGAACUGAAACCGUUGCCGAUUCCUCGGGCACCGCGCCUCUCCAUUGCUAUGGACGUGACAGGCCCGUUCCCCCGCGAUCGUCACGGCCAUGACGGUAUUCUCACGGUCGUUGACCGUUUGAGCAAGUAUGCUCGCUUCCUUCCUUGCAACUAUCAUGCUGCAGCGCCUGAGCUCGCACGACUCUUGCACACCGGUUGGAUUACCAACCAGGGUGUUCCGGAAGACAUAGUGAGCAACCGAGAUACUCGCUUCAUGUCGGCUUUUUGGACUUCCCUCAUGGCCGAGUCCGGUACGACAAUGGAGUCGAGCUCGGCUCGGCACCCGCAGACGGAUGGCCAGACGGAACGAGCGCACCAGACCGCUCAGAUGAUGUUGCCUACGCUCAUCCGUCCCGACCAGAAAGAUUGGGUUGACCGGCUUCCCGACAUCGAGUUCGCCUAUAACACUUCGGUGCACCCGACGAUCUGCGUCACACCAUUCGAGCUACAUCAUGGUGGAGAAAAAGCACGGAUCUUCGUUGAUCUCCUUUUGCCACAGGCUGCCGACAUAGACGUCCCUUGCUCUCCCGCUUCCGUUCGGAAGUACCGGGACUUGCUGAUCAAAGCCCACGCGAAUAUGCAAAAGGCUCAGAUCCGCAUGCAGCAGCAGGCUAACCGACGUCAACUUCCAUGUCCUUUCCGCGAGGGAGACCUUGUUUGGGUCCUCUCCGAGGAAUUUGUGCUCGAGCAGGACGUUUCGCGCAAACUCCUUCCGAAAUGGUUCGGACCAUGGGAAGUCACUUCUGUCGUUGGAGGCGACCCCGUAGGUCCUUCCUUUGUGGUCAACAUUCCUCCACACCUUCCAGUGCACCGGGUCUUCCACGCGUCGAAGCUGGCCAUCUACACGCCACCUUCCGCCGACGAGUUUCCCGGCCGUCGAUCACAGGAUCCGCCUUCUAUGGACGGACAUCAGGAAGUCGACCGAGUCAUCACGCAUCGCAAGUAUGGCAACAAGCCAAUGCAGUUCAAAGUCACAUUCAAGCAAUGUGCGCCUGAUGACACUCGGUGGAUCUCCAGUACAGAUUUGCAGACUUCUGCACCCCUUAUCUUCGCCGACUAUGAGAAGCGGCGCCUUGCUAAGGAAGCAGCUCAGAGGAGACGAGAGAGAAGGAGAUUGGCAGAGGGAAGAGAGGAGGACGAGGAAGGGAAGGAGGAGGGGGAGGAGGGGAAGCACGAGGAGGAGGAGGGGGAGGAGGGGAAGCACGAGGAGGAGGGGGAGGCGGAGGGGAAGGAGGGGAAGGAGGGGGAGGAAACGGAGGACGAGGACGAGAUCAGGGAGGACGAGACCAAAGGAGGAGGAGGCGGAGGAGGACGAAGAGGCGGAGGGAGGACGAGGAGGUCAGGGAGGACGAGACCAAAGGAGGAAGAGGGGGGGAAGGGAGAGGCGGACCGCCGCGGACGAGGAGGGGAAGAGAGGAGGAGGGGAAGGUCAGGGAGGACGAACCCUAAGGAGGAGGAGGGGGGGGACGACGAGGAGGCGGAGGGAGGAGGACGAGGUCAGGGAGAACGAGACCGAAGGAGGAGUAGGGGGAAAGGGGGAGGAGGGAGAGGAAGACGAGGAGGGGAAGGGAGGAGGACGAGGUCCGGAAGGAGGAGGAGCGGGAGGAGGACGAGGAGGAAAAGGGAGAAGGACGACGCGGCAACGGAGGACGAGACCGAAGGAGAGGACGAGGAGGACGAGGUGGAGGACGAAGAGGAUGGGGCGGCGGAGGGGGAGGGACCGAGGACGACGAGGAGGCGCAGGGAAGAGGAGGACGAGACAGGAGGGGGGGAGGAGGGGGAGGAGGCGGGAGAGGAAGACGAGGAGGGGAAGGGAGGACGACGUGGUCAAGGAGGACGAGACCGAAGGAGGAGGAGGAGAAGGGGGAGGAGGAGGAGGAGGCGAAGGGAGGAGGAAGACGAGGUCAGGCAGGACGAUACCGAGGACGAGGAUGAGCAGCAGGACAGAGAGGACGAGGUGGAGGACGAAGACGGACGGGCGGCGGAGGGGGAGAAGGGGGCGGCGGACGGGGAGGACGAAGAGGAAGAGGAGGGAGAGGGCCACAACGAGGACGAGGAAGACGAAGAGGAACACGAGGACGACGAGGAUCUAGCGGCCUACGCCGCUAUUACUUGCUAAACCAUGCCCGGCAAGGAGGAGGGAGGGGGGGGAAGGCGGGGAAGCAUCGCGGAUAGAGAACCGUAGGUUGAACAUGUAAGGCGGGAGACGGCAAUAAAUGUAUAUAUAAUACGUGAAAAUGGAAUAGAACGACGAUAAUACGUGGAGGAAUACAAGGAAGAAAGUGAAUACUGAAGGACGAGGAGAAGGAGAAAGAAUAGAGGGAGAAGGAAGACGAGGACGGCGGGAACAAGGAGGAGGAGGAGGAGGAGGAGGAGGAAAAGGAACAGCAGAAAGAGAGAGGGAGGCGAAAGCCGAAAAGGAGGGAGGGUGGCAGCUCGCCAAAUGCGAAAAGACCUGGCGCAGACGUGGCACGAUUAAUCAACUCGACCGCGGCUCUGCCGCGGGCAUUCUUUGCCAACAAACAGAAUUGCUCCAGUACCUCCAUCUGCCUGCUCUCCAGAUCCAUGGUGUGCGUGUGAUGCCAGCUGACGUUGCACGAUUGGUCGGUUGACUGAUUGAUUGAUUGAUUGAUCAAUCAAGUGAUUGAUUGAUUUGAUUGAUUGAUUGAUUGGUUGAUUGAUUUGAUUGAUUGCUUGAUUGAUUGCUUGAUUGAUUGGAUGAUGAAGGGUUGACAAGUGAAUGUGUCGAUCAAUAACCGGCGAUCAGAACCGAUCAGAACAGGUUGCAUAGAUCACAACUGACGAGAGGGAGGAUGAGAUUGAGGACGAACAACAAUCACGUCGUUAUACAACACCGGGCUCAAGCAGCAGACCCUGCUGUCUAACGAUGCCUGCAGGCGUUUGCUGGAGUAUUACAGGGUAUCGCCCACGUUGAACAGCUGUCAGAGGGCCGGAAGGAAGAAGGUGCCACCAUGCCGCCGUCCCACGUGGCACCUGAACAGAAAGGGUUAAAAAAAAAAAACACCAAUAUAAUCAACACGUUUCGCUAUC